ACCAAAUAUUUUUUUCAAUAUCCCCUGCCUUAUAAAACCCAUACCAAAACCGUUACUCCUAAAACCCUCUCACCUUCUUCUUCUUCUUCUUGCCCACAACUUUCUGUUACAAAAUAAAAAAAUUCAUUACAUACUAAACACAAAAUUUUCCUUAAACCAAAAUUCAAAUUACAUUACAAAAACCAAAAAAAUGUUGAAUCCAUUAAUUUGUGAAAAUCCAAACCAAAAUGGAGAGAGUAAAACAGAGGAAAAUCCCCUGUUUUUAUCGUUUUUAGAAGCAAAAUCAAUAGGGAAGAUUGCAUUUCCCAUGAUUUUCACGGGUUUACUUCUUUAUUCUCGAUCAAUGAUGUCGAUGCUCUUCUUAGGAAGGCUGGGUGAGUUGUCGUUAGCUGGUGGUUCAUUGGCUAUGAGUUUUGCUAAUAUAACGGGUUAUUCGAUACUUUCUGGUUUAGCUAUGGGAAUGGAACCAAUUUGUGUACAAGCAUUUGGUGCUAAAAGAUUCAAGAUUCUUGGACUUAGUUUACAAAGGACAAUUCUUCUACUUCUAUUGGCAUCGAUCCCGAUAUCAUUUUUAUGGUGUAACAUGGAAAGAAUGUUGAUUUUUUGUGGACAAGAUCAUGAUAUAGCAAGAGAGGCACAAAAUUACAUCUUGUUUUCAUUGCCUGACCUAUUUACCCUUGCGUUUCUUCAUCCGUUGAGGAUUUAUCUACGUUCUCAAUCGAUAAUUAUGCCACUAACUUAUUGUGCUGCUCUUGCUAGUCUUGUUCAUAUUCCAAUCAAUUAUUUUCUUGUUAUAGUACUUGAUCUUGGGAUUAAAGGGGUUGCUUUAAGUGGGGUUUGGACAAAUUUCAAUCUUGUUGGAUCUUUAAUUGCUUACAUUGUUGUAUCUAAGGUGCACAACAAGACUUGGACUUCAAUUUCUUUAGAUUGUUUCAAAGGUUGGAAAUCACUUUUGGAUUUGGCUAUUCCAAGUUGUCUAAGUGUUUGUUUGGAAUGGUGGUGGUAUGAGAUCAUGAUUUUGUUAUGUGGAUUGUUGGUUAAUCCUAAAGCAACCGUUGCAUCCAUGGGGAUAUUGAUUCAAACAACGUCGUUGAUAUAUAUUUUCCCGUCUUCAUUGAGCUUUGGUGUGUCAACACGAGUUGGAAAUGAACUCGGGGCUAAUAGGCCAAGCCUAGCAAGACUAACAGCAGUCGUCGGGCUUUCAUCUAGCUUUGUUUUAGGGCUACUUGCACUAACAUUCGCGAUACUAGUGAGGGAUGUAUGGGCGAGCAUGUUCACUCAGGAUCAAGAAAUCAUCGCCCUGACAUCCCUCAUUUUGCCCAUAAUCGGACUCUGUGAGCUAGGGAAUUGCCCACAGACGACCGGUUGUGGGGUACUUAGAGGAACAGCUAGGCCAAAAUUAGGUGCCAACAUCAACUUAGGCUGUUUUUACCUAGUUGGAAUGCCAGUAGCUGUCUAUCUAGGAUUUUUUCGAGGCUACGAUUUUACGGGACUUUGGAUUGGAUUGUUAGCUGCACAAGCUUCAUGUGCAGUGACAAUGUUGUUGGUAAUUUUUUCAAGAACAAAUUGGGAAGAUCAAGCUAAAAGAGCAAAAGAGCUAACUGCAACUAUUGAAAAUGAAGAUGAAGAGAAGGUUAUUAUUAUUGAUGAAGAAAUUCCUCAAAGUUCUUUUGAUCAUUCAUCAGAUUCUUAUUAUCAGAAGAUUGAUGGAAGUUCAAAUGUUUGAUUUUUGUUUAAUUUGAUGAUCAAUUCUUGGAUUAUUCUUUUUCUUCUUCUUUUUUGGAUUGGUUAUUGUUCUCCAAAUCUAUGUUGCUUGAACUCUUUAAAAAUGUUGUCAGGUGCAUGUUGGAUCUUUCAGAAAUAGUAUAUUUUUGUAGGAUUCGAUACGAGUGCAACAACAUAUUUGGAGAAUUCGAGUAACAUAGCUUGAACUAGGCACGCACAGAAAGAUAUUUUUUCCUCUUCAUGUAAUUACAUUAUUUUUUUUUGUAAAUCAAGAUUUGUAUUGAUUUUGUUGUA